AUGGCCCACGAGCAACACCCUAUGCGACCGCCCUUCCACUCGCAACAUUCCAGCAGCGUCCCUUCAACGCCAUUCCAGCAACCUCGCGAUUUACGGUUUCACUCGCGGUCGCCGUCCCCGAACCGCGCGCUCUCCAACAACUCCCCACGGUCUGUCGUGUCGGAGGCAGUGGCUCACAACCAUGUGCAGAGAUCACAGCCGGUAGUAUGCAAAUUCGAGACCGGCGCGGAGAUUCGAAAAAGGAGGAUACCAUAUGUGGAAGGUGGCAAUGAGGAAUUGGGGCCUCCCAAGAAGGAGCCCAAGAGGUCACUGGAGCCAGAGGAGCAUGAGAAGUUGCGCACGCAGAUGGACGAUCUGUACCAGAGGUUACUGCCGUCUGACGAGAGCGAGGGGAGGAGAGCGCAGUUGGUCAAGAAGUUGGAUCGGUUACUAAACACCGAGUGGCCUGGCAAUGACAUUCGGGUGAACGUCUUUGGAUCGUCGGGCAACUUGCUGGCGUCGAGCGAUUCGGAUGUGGACAUUUGCAUCACAACGCCGCUGAAGAAGUUGGAGAGUAUGCACUCGAUCGCGAUGCUGUUACACAAGAAUGGCAUGGAAAAGGUCGUGUGCAGGGCUUCAGCAAAGGUUCCAAUUGUAAAAUGUUGGGAUCCAGAGCUGAACCUGGCGGCGGACUUAAACGUCAACAACCCUCUCGCAUUGGAGAACACGCGGAUGAUCAAGACCUACGUUCAGCUGGACGAUCGGGUGCGACCACUUGCGAAGAUCAUCAAGUAUUGGACUAAGAGGCGGAUACUGAAUGAUGCUGCAUUUGGAGGCACCAUCAGCUCGUACACUUGGAUCUGCAUGAUAAUCAACUUCCUGCAAAGACGAGAUCCGCCCAUACUGCCUUCGCUGCAGAAGAAAGCUGAGGAGCGAAAGCAGCCUGAGAAUGGCAAGAUCCCACAGUUCGCUGAUAACCUCGACGAGCUGAAGUCAUUUGGCGGCGCCAACAAGGAGACGCUUCCCGAUUUGCUCUUCCAGUUCUUCCGCCAUUAUGGCUACGAGUUCGAAUAUUCGAAAUAUGUCGUGUCCGUGAAAGAGGGGCGGCUGUUGUCAAGGCAGGAAAAGGGCUGGGAUCCGGCCAACCACUACGAAAAGGAGGCGAGGAACAGGCUUUGUGUGGAGGAACCCUUCACUCUCAAUCGCAAUCUAGGCAAUUCAGCGGACGACUAUGCCUGGUCUGGCAUUCACGGUGAGAUACGGCGUGCCUUUGAACUUUUGGCGGAUGGCUGCCAGCUGGAAAAGUGCUGCGAGGAAUACGAGUUCCCGGUGGAGGAGAAGCCCAUCUUCCAGAGACCUCCGCCAAAGCCGAAACCGACCUUGACGAGGAGCGCGUCGCAGUCUGGAAGACCAACCCAGGAGCCUCCGACUGGCAGGUCUCGGAAGGCCAACAACCGCAAUCAGUCCGCUCAACGCGCAGGCAGCAGACGGGCGUCUAGCGGAGCAUCGUUCAGCAACCAGCGCGUGCCGCUGCCUUUCCAGAGCCCACCGCAGGGAGGUUCAGUAGUGGACUACUUUGGUAUGAAGGGUGACUUGCACAGCCAGCUCUAUCAGCAGUGGCAAUAUCUCCAGGCCCAGACAGAAGCGCUUAGGUCGCAGCUUGCGGCGCAGCAGCAACAUCAGCAACAACACCAGCAGCAGCAGCAGCAACAUGGCCCUGGGAGGCCUGUCGACAUUGGAGGUUCGCCGCACCACCGUGCAUAUCAGCCCAACGGACUGCCCAGUCCACGUUACUUGGACAAUCCACCGCCGACGGCGCCGUUGCUGCCCGGCUACCUCUAUCAUUACCCUGCACGGUAUCCGCCUCCUUCUCCUAUGUCGCAGGCUCGAACAAGGGAAGGUGGCACGAGCACGAAUCCCUCCUCGCCAUCGCUGGUCGCUGCGGUGCCGGCGCUCAGAAGACAGGUCCAUCGCGGUUCCAUACCAGAAGGCUCGACAAGCAGUCUGCGGUCUCAAUCACAGCCUGGAAGAUCACUGCCUCAUCCAUUGACACUGCAACAACAUGUCCAUCCCGGCUACGACGUCUCCGGUGCUUUACCGGGGCAGUACCAGAAUGUUCGCACGUCAUCAGGCGCAUACACAUCGAUGCCACCCGGCAUGCAGACGCCGUUCUCACACGCAUUGGCUUCCUAUGCGGCUAGUACGCAAGGUGAGAACUCCAUGCCCAAGGAGUACGUUGGAUACUAUGUUGGUCAGUCGCCGUCGCUCGGACCUCAAUAUCCACCGAGCACUCAGAUGCAAAUGCCACCGCCGCCGAUGAUGUUGCGCGAUCCGCCUCAGCAGCGACAGCGAAGAGUCACCCCCGAUCUCAUGCCUCCUAUGCCGAAUGGACGACACAGUUCGAGGUCGCCUUCACCACUUGGACACCUCAGGAGCUACACUACGACUGGCGAUCUCAGGUCAACGGCAGUGCAGGGUCUGAAAAGUCCACCCAUGCGGUUCGAUGUCCCUUCCGAACCUGCUACGGCUCCUCUGCCUACCCAGAAGCCAAUGGAAGUCACCGCGCCGCUUAUCGUGAACGGAUCUGGCACUGGCGCGAGCUCAUCAAAACAGCCGGAGAAGAAAGUCAACGGCAUCACCAGCCCACCGCAUCCAUUGUACGACAGUGGCUCAGCAAAGGUCAACGGCACCGGUUUCUCAAGAACGCAGCUGCCCAUGCGGCCUCUCGAUACCAACGUCAUUCCCGAGCACAUGGAGAAAAGCGAGCAGCCCAACCACUCACCUCGGAUAUCUCCCAGCCCACGUCUGAAGUCUGGACCUAAACUCAACUUCUCGCCCAACAGCACGCCAGUCGGUCCCAAUGGAAACAGCGAGCAGUUCCACGACUCCACUCCGAUCCCAGCACCCCUCUUAUCACCAGUAGCCGAGCUCCGCACCCCCUCACCCACGCGCCCGACCUCCUUCGAACGCGAAUCGCCCACCGCCAACGGCCUCAUGAAAGCCGCCAAGAUCGCCAACGCGCGCCAAGUAGCCGGCAGCGAGAACGAGCCACCGACUUCGCCCAAACACGAGCGGAAGGGCAGCGCGCCGAACCCUUCCAGCGCACCGAAGCCGGCCAAGAGUCCCGAGCAGUCGACGCCUGCGACUUCGGCAGCGGCUUCGGGCGCGUUGCACGGGCAGGGCCAGAAGAUGGACGCGAAUCCUUGGCAGCAGGCGACGAGGAAGGGGCACAAGAAGAGCAAGUCGACGGGAGUUCAGCAGCAGGGGGCCAAGGGGCAGCCGAUGCCGGCGAAUGAGGCGGAGAGGAAGGGUGGGUGA